AUCGCAACGAAUGUGUGUGCCGCCAUGCAUGUAUAAAUCGUCGCGCCGCUCUCACUCUCGCUCUUCGAACAGAACACAAAUGCUCAUGCGAGCGCUGUACGGGCAUUCAAAUUUUAGUUUUACAUUGGAUUCGAUUGUGAAAGGAUGUGUUACGUGCGUAAGAAGUGAACUUUUCUUCCUCGUCACACCAAAUGAUCUUUAUCGUUUAGUUUCUAUGGAUUUUUAGCAUUUUUUUUUUUCAAGUGGAAUAUUUUGUAAGACCAAUCGAAUUGAUUGGUGAAAGGAUUUUUGUAGUGGAAAUAGAAAUAAGUGAGAAGUUUUUUCUUUGAAAUUAUUUAUAUUUUAAGAGACAAAAUGACAGCAGGUCGUACAUUUGUCCAAAGUGUCGUUGUACUUUUGGCAUUGGCACAAUGUGGCCGAUCUUUAGAAAUUAGUGAUUUUUACGAUUUCGAGCGAAACACUCGACUUGAGAAUGGCGCUGACAAAUCUGAAUUCGUCAAAUUGGACACACCAAUAAAUUUCUUCAGCGAUGUUUACGAUCACAUUUAUAUCAAUACACAGGGAAUAUUAACAUUCGGCACUGAACUGAAUGGUUUUCUGAACGAGCCAUUCCCAUUGGAAUACGCGUCAAUCGCUCCAUUUUAUUCAAAUGUUGAUACGACAAAUGCUGGGCCAGAAACAUCCAUUUCAUUCUCAACAUUAUUAAGCGAACGCAAUACUCGUCUUGCCUACGAUACCGUACGCCGUAACUUUCCCAUCAACGACAACUUUCGCGUUAUCAACGUAGCUGUUGCUACGUGGGAAAAUGUUGGACACUAUCGUGAAAAUAAUACCGAACAAAAUACAUUUCAAGUUGCCAUCAUUUGCGGUGAACAAGACACAUUCGUCGAAUUUUUGUAUCCAAACAAUGGUUUGAAUUGGUUACAAGGUGACCAAGGUGAGUCGGGUUUACCUGAUAUUCGAGCACAAGUUGGUUUCAUUGCCGAGGAUGGACGACACUUUACGGUUAGCGGCUCUGGAACGGAUAAUGCAAAAUAUUUGAGCGAAUUGUCGAAUAAUGGAAAGCCCGGUUCAUGGAUAUUCCGCGUCGGUCAUCUUGGGUAUGAAAAUAGCAUUGAAGAACCGAACCAAGCGCAAUUCUUUCAACAAGAAGUACAACAUCCGAGAUCUUGCUCAAGUGGAGGCAAACUGAAAUGUCACAUUUCAGCCGUUUGUCGUGAUACUCGAUUGAGUUUUGCUUGUGAAUGCAAGCCAGGAUUCUAUGGAAAUGGAUACAGUUGCAUCAAGAAUGAUGUGCCAUUGCGAGUUGCCGGUCAAGUUACUGGCAAAAUUAAUGACACACCAUUGAAAGCUCAGCUUCAGUCAUACGUUGUGCUAAGCGAUGGACGAACGUACACGGCAAUUAGCCCGUUGGAUAGCGCCAUUGGCCAUAGCACACAAUUGGUUUGGGCCUUCGGCUCGGUAAUUGGAUGGUUGUUUGCAAAGCCACUUGCCAAUGAUAAUGCACCAAAUGGAUAUCAGCUCACUGGUGGAAAGUUCAAUCAAACAACUACAAUUCGUUUUGGCCCAAAUACGGAUGGAUCAAGCAAUGAACUCUUGAUCGUGCAGCGAUUCACCGGCCUUAAUGUCUGGGAUCAACUUGCUGUUGAAAUUGAAGUUAACGGUAACUUACCUGACGUCCCAUCAAAUGCAGCAAUUGUCUUGCCAGACACAAGCGAUAGCUACCAAUUCGUACAAGAAAAUCAGAUUCAAUCGGCCAGUAGUGGACAAAUCACUUUAAAUGACAAGAGCAUUCCGUACAGCAUUAAUCAACUGAUCGACUUUGAGACAUUUAGGGAGCAAUCAGGUGAACCAUUGAAUACAUACAAUACGCAACCGUUCUUUAACAAAGUAUCAAAGAUUACGGCUCAAUAUCAAGAAAGAGAAUCAGCACUUCGCAUUGGAAUGAUCAACAAAGUUGUGCGUAACUCUGAGAUUAAUCCGUGCACAGAUGGUACGGCCACAUGCAAUCCAAACUCCGUUUGCGUCCCAGAUGCACCGAACGAAAGUUAUUUGUGCGAAUGUAAAAAUGGAUUCUAUUAUGAUGACACAAUUGUGGCUUGUGUUGAUAUCGAUGAGUGUGCAACGAAUGCAAAUAUUUGUGACAAAAAUGCCGACUGUUUCAAUGAAUUGGGCGGCUAUGGUUGUCGCUGCCGCGACGGAUUUUAUGGAAAUGGAUACACUUGUUAUGAACAAGUUGUGCCAGAAACAACCGAAGAACCAGUUCCAACUUCAACCAUUGACUCAACACCAAACAUUCCUGGAUUAGCGCCAGAGCACUGGCUUUGUGAUCAAUGCUCAGAACACGCCGAUUGCAUUCAGGGGGUUUGUGUGUGCAAGAACGGAUGGAAUGGCAAUGGAAUCGAAUGUACUUACAACUGCCAGGAUGAUUCAGUAUGGAACAUCGAUCGAUGUGAACCAAUCAGCGCCAAUUCAGAAGAGGAAGAAGCCGAGAUUGCUCCAUUCUGUCAUUCACAAGGCUGCACUUGCUCAACGGGAUAUGAAUUGAUCGAAACUGUCGCGCAAAAAACGUGCCGUUUGAUUGAAAAAGAAGAGGGAGGCGAGGAAGAAGAAGCCGAUAAGUUGCCUUGCGAUGUGGAAAAUACUUGCCACCGAAAUGCCAACUGUGAAUGGGUCGAAAGUGAAUUGAGUAAUAAAUGUGUAUGCAAUCCGGGCUUCGAAGGUGACGGAUAUGAAUGCAUUGAACGUGAAAUCUCUUGCUUAUUUGAAAAUAUUUGCGAUGUGAACGCCCAAUGUUUGUAUGACGAGAUUGUUGGAAAAUCGGUAUGUAAGUGCAAUAAAAAGUAUGAAGGUGAUGGUAAAACGUGUCAAUUGGCACCAGAGUGUGUAUCCGCUGAAGAUUGUGUUAAGAAUUCAAAUUGCUCGGAUGGUGUCUGCGUUUGCAACGAAGGAUAUGAACGUGAUAUUUCUGAUUUCUGUGUGCCAGCUGGCUAUUGUGGUGGAACUUUCUGUGUUAAGAAUGCUGUAUGCCUUUGGGAUAAUGUGCAGGCUGUUCAGUAUUGCUCUUGUCCGGAACCAUUCGUUGGCGAUGGUUUGACCAGCUGUAAAUCGGUGCCGCCUCCGUGCAACGUGAAAAAUAACUGCGGUUUGAAUGCUCAAUGUGUACCAACAGACAACAAGACAUACGAAUGCGCCUGCAAUCAAGGCUAUUAUGGCGAUGGUUUCAUUUGUAUUCUCGAAGUCAAUUGCGCCAAUACACCGUCAUUAUGUCAUGAACAGGGUCGUUGCAUUUCAACCAAAUCCGGAUAUCAAUGUGUUUGCAAUGCAGGCUACAUUGGAAAUGGAACUUGCUGCAUUGAACCGGUUCGCCAAGAAUCAGCGUUUUUGUUAUUGAGUCAAGGAGUUGCAAUUGUUAAGAUUCCAUCCGAUGGAAAGCGCGGUUUCCCCAUCGCUAUGUCAGGCAUGGCUAUCGGCAUUGAUAAGGACUGUUCGACUGGUCGUGUUUACUGGAGUGAUAUCAGCACAAAGCAAAUUUACAGUGCAAAGUACGACGGAACCGAUAAAAAGACAUUCAUCAGUGAAGACAUUGUUUCGCCAGAAGGAAUUGCCAUCGAUUGGAUUUCAAGACGCAUUUAUUGGACCGAUUCAUCGAAGGAUACCAUUGAAGUAGCUUCUUUGGAUGAUGCCAAGUCAAGAGCAGUUAUUGUUCAAGGCAAUUUGGUGAAUCCACGUGGUAUUGCUGUUGAUCCUCAGCAGAACAAACUCUAUUGGGCCGAUUGGAAUCGUGAGAAUCCAAAAAUCGAACAAUCUGAUUUGGACGGAACUAAUCGAGUGGUCUUGUUAAGUGCACCGCAAGUAAAUUUGCCGAAUUCUUUGUCAAUUGCAUCUCGAACCGGUGAAUUGUGUUAUGCUGAUGCUGGAACACAAAAGGUUGAGUGCAUUGAACCGUAUCGUCGCUCGAUACGAACGGUUGCCACCAAUUUGCAGUACCCAUUUGGUCUCGCCGUCACAACCGAUCGCUUGUACUGGACUGAUUGGACGACUAAAAAGAUUGAGAGCAGCGAUGAGCAUGGCAACCGACAUGCCAGCAUUGCAAAUCCAUUGUUUGGAAGUCACAAGAUGUACGGCGUUGCUGCUGUGACAAGUGACUGCCCGCUGUACUUCAGUCAGUGUCAAAUCAACAAUGGCGAUUGCCCAUCGGACAGUAUUUGUUUGUUGAAUCCAAGAGCUCCAUCGGGGCGAUUCUGCAAACCAAUCAGCACUCAAUGAAACAAUGACAAAUACAAACAUUAAAUCUUACCCAUUUCAAUAACAGCACACAGGAAUACAUUUAUUUUUCUAUACAUACACUUAAUUGGAUACAUAAAAAUGAAUGAGAGUUUAUGGUUUUUUUUUUCUGAAAUAAAACAUCAAUUAAAUCAA